AUGCUGUUUAAUACCGAACAGUUAGAUUCGAAGUUGGAUAGUUUAACCCUCGCAGAUAGCUAUAAACAAGAAAAUAUUGAUAAGAAUAAAAGGAAUAAUUCAGAAAAUAUGACAAGUAUGACACAAGGAACUAUGAACGCACAAGGAAAAAUAAAUUCUAAUAAACCUAAGACGUCGUUGCUAUCGUCGUCGCUUGCCAAAGAAAGACAGUUACCCCAUGCAAAUGGCUUCAGUCCAGCCGUCAGUGAGAGAAACGAAAAUCUGUAUAUGGCCAUAGAUGACCGUAUGGAAACGGAGCCUAAUUUCACGGAUGAUCAUCCAGAGCCCACAUUAUUGGCUAGUUCUGUUGGAAAAGAGAUAGAUGGGCGUUUGAUUCCGUCGUCGUCCACAAUAUCGUUAUUAUCGUUAAACGGACAAAAUAAUGGACAAGGAUGUAAUUUUGAAGCGACAGAAGUCGAUGUGAAUGGAGGAAAUACUACUCACGGUAACAUGACGUCGCCAAAGAAUUCGAAUAAUAAUUUUGCUGGCAAUUAUAAUUAUUCACACAUAGCAUCGAAUACUACACCUCAAACUGCAUUUAUGGAUCGCAAGACGGGACAUAACAAUAUAACGAGUAGAAAUUCUUUGACUCACUUGAACCAAAUAAGGCUUCAACCAUAUCAAAGAUUCAGCUCACCUUCGUCUCAACAGCAAUUACUACAACAAGACGUCACAUCUAGUGCUACCUGCCAAAGUAUACCAAUAGAGAAUAGGUCGUCGAUUAUAGUACCAGAUUCACCAAAUUUAGACCCAACUUCAGUAGGAGGUUCCCCAUCUGGAUUGUGGUUAUCGAGCCAGAGCCCUUCAAAACCAUCGGUAGGUUCGUGGAAGAACAACUCAAGGAGUCAAUUAUUCCAUAUGCUACACUCUCAACAGAAGCACCAACAGUACGAUCCUAUGCAAUCAUCUGAAGUCAUUCAGACUACUCAACCUUCGCCACACUCUUCAAACCAAUUAAUCUAUAACGCAAGUGCUUCGAAUAAUUAUACGACCACUUCAACAGUUAAUUAUUUGAAAAUAGAUGGAAGUACGUCGCCGAUUCUACAUCCAGUACAAACUCCGUCUGAAGAUCCACCAAUGACCCCUCUCUAUUUAAAUUCGAAUUCCCUUAAUCAGAAUGACGUUGGAUACUUCGGAAAUAUAGCAGAAUAG